GCCCCGGAAGCGUUUCCCGGCGCUGCUUCCGGCCACCUCAGCUCGCUCCGCACCUCAACAUGUCGGGCGCCGCGGGGUCGGGCGCGGGCGGCGCGGGGGCCGCGGGCUCGGUGGGCUCGGUGGUGCGGCGCUUCCUGGCCGAGUACGGCAGCGGCACGCCGAGUCGCCUCAAGGUGCUGGACGCCUACCUGCUCUACGUGCUGCUCACCGGCGCGCUCCAGUUCGGCUACUGCCUCGGCGUCGGCACCUUCCCCUUCAACUCCUUCCUCAGCGGCUUCAUCUCCGCCGUCGGCAGCUUCAUUCUCGGCGUUUGCCUACGGAUCCAGAUCAACCCCCAGAACAAAGGCGAGUUCCAAGGCAUUUCACCAGAGCGGGCAUUUGCCGAUUUCCUCUUUGCCAACACCAUCCUGCAUCUUGUCGUUAUUAAUUUUGUUGGCUGAACUCUAGAAGAGACUGUAAGGUCUCGAAUUCCUCUGGGGUUCUGAUGUUAAAACCUGUCGUAGGGAAGUGUUGUUCCCCGUCAGACUUGUAACUGCUUCCAUGGUGAGGAAGGGGAAGCAGGGAGUAAAUUUUUUUUCUACAGACUGUCCUAUGGAGGGGUCUACUGCCUCAUUUCAGUUACUGUAAUCCUUUCUCUCAAUAAAGCCCUUCAUAGUACUGCA